UGUCAGUUGUCUGACUAACUUCUAUUGAAUUAAUAGUGCCAGAAAGGUAAGCAGCAUGCAGUGUGAGUGUUGUUUACAGGAUACUGUGAUCAGUCAGUUUAUUCUGAUGCUUAGUGCCAGUUGUGUCCCGAGCAAUUAAGUGCCAGUUCUAUCUCCGUGAGAAUAGAUGCAAUAACAAACUAUGUACAAAAGGGGUCUUUAUGGAACUUGAAGGAAAUUUGUGAUUAAUGAAAUUUCCACUUGGUGCAGUUAAUUUUAUUUUUUCUGUCUAAUAAAAUCAGAUCAUUUGGUGUCUUUAUACAUAUGUUGCCUGUUUUGUUUUUUUUUCAUUCCACACUCAUCCAAGUGAAAAUGAGCCCAGCCUCUCGAGGUUUUUGACAACAUCUUUUCAUCCAAUCCCUGCUUGUUCCACCUUGUGUAAAUCUGAAAUCUGCCCUGUAGUCUCUUCCUCAUCCACUUCCUUACUUCCUCCUUGUGCUGUACAGGAUGAUGUUGCUUGAGGUCUUAAGCAGCAGGAAUUAAAUAUGAGGCAUCUUGUGUAUUUUUCCCAACAAAAGAACAUGGCGGGGGGGGGCAGCGUUCCCAGCUUCAGGUUUUAUUUUGUACCUGAUUGAUUCAGUAAUGACCACAUUGAAUUGGUGUUUGUCUACUUGGGUUAAAGGAAAGAGAAACUAGUCAAGUUUCCCACUCCAGUGUCGAGCAAAUAUCCUGACUGGAUACUGGGUGAAUGUGGAAUGAAGCUCUGAUACUCACAGUUCAAUAUUCCAACUGCUUAUGUAUACUGUUUGAGCCCUUCUGCAUCCUCACUUAGGUGAGGCCAUGGAAAAUUAAAUCUAGAACAGUGUCCCAUUUGAAACUAGGGAACAAAAUUUACUAAUUUAAAUCUUGUAUUCUUGGGGAAAAUUUAUUGAAUUAAUACUUUGUCAAUAAAAAUAAUUGUUUAAUAGGAAGGGGGAGAUUAAAAAGACCCAACUCUCAGAUGAGGUACAAAGACUGCAUUGUGCUAAAACAUUACUACGUUGUCAGACUGGAUGGAUGUUUGUUUGCGCAUAUAUAGCAGCUUUUAAACUAAAACCAGACCAAGAAUACAUCAUGAAGGAUGUGAUAUGAAUAUUGUCUGUUUAUCUCUUGAUCACUGACAAUGCUGAUAUUAAUUUGAGGAUCAGAUACACUUUUCUUUUUCAGUGUGAUCCUGGUGAUCUCAAGUGGAAGAAUUGCCUGGAAAUCCACUGUUACUGUGGGUAGAGAUUUGAAUUUGCAGCAUGCUGUUUUGGAGCCGAAUCAUAAAAUUCCACAGCAUAGGAGGCAGCGAUUCGACACAUCGUACCUUUGUCUGCUUUUGAAAGAACCAUCCAAAUGGUGCUCACUCCCUUUCUGCCAUUCCUGUGCUUUCCUCCUGGCCCUGCAAUGCUCUCCUCCUAGAGUAUCUACAGAAAUGGCUUGCAGCUGAUCCCCUCCAUCAUAGAUUUUAAACAAACCCAUGGUCGUGAAUGUGGGUGGGAAGAUGUGGAAAAUAAUUGUUAAUCCUAUUCUCUUAACUGGGAAUGGUGUGGCCUUGUGGGAAAAAGAAAGUAGGUGCAGGCUGUUAAAACUUAAGCCUACUACCUAUUAUCUCAGAUUUUGAGUUGAAUGUAAACUGAUCUACAUUUUCUCCACUGGCUUCAAAUUACACACUGUCAAUGGUGAUUAUUUGAUCAUCCAAUUGUCCCUUGUCCUUUUACCAAUGGUAUGAGCCAACCUUUCCAACCCACAUGCCAGUCCGCUUGAAUGUUAGUUACACAUGAUUCUGGUUUGAGUCACUAUAGCAACCUGUCACAUAUUUGGUGUGAUCUGAACCUAUGGAUAGCAAUGACAGACUCCAACUGUCUUUCCAUCUUCUAGCUGGCUGAGAAUCUCUCCUGCUCUUAAUAUCUGCCACUGAUACAUGUUAAAAAGAGCUGAUGGCUGAUCAACUUGCUUGGCAGCCUUAUGAAUAUGCCUUUCUUGGUCAUCCGACCUUGGGUAGUUGCAUUCUAACCUGAAGUUUCUGACUCUGAGGCAGGGAUGCUCCUCACUGCUCUACAACCCUUCAAUCUGUUGGAAUUGCUGGUUCUUGGCAAGAAUGGAGAAUAGAGUUUAUUUGCAACUCUUAAGUACAGCAAAUCAACGAUCUAAUGCUUAAUGUGAUAGUUUGAACUAAUCUGCAAAUAGUUGAUUGGUGUGCAGUUUGAACUUUUUAAACAAUACAACUUUAAUGUACACUGGACAGAUGUUGCUAGUCCAUAGUCUUUCCAUCACUAUAUAUAAUCAUACACUGGCAAAUCUGGGAAGUUAAAUGUACAAACACUGCUGUUCACAUCAGGCCAAUCUCUUUUAAAGAACACCAGAUCAAAGCGGUUUUUAUCCCUGGAACCAGUCAUCCAAGUAGUGCUGUCUUGGAUGCCUUUUUUGUUUGUUUUUAAACUUUGAUAUGUCAUUAGUCUGUGUUUAAAGUGUAACAGAGUAUUUCACUGGACAUUUGCAGAUUGGAUAUGUUUUGAUCCUUCAAACCAGAGGAAAUGAGCACAAAAUUACUUUCCUCAGAAGUGGCAGGAUUGCUUUCUUCCAAAACAAAGCUGAUCUCCCCUUUUCUGAUUUUUCUAAGUUGUCUUACCCAUGUGGAUACCUUGAUCGUUGCUUUACUAUAGAUAAGUCAAUACAAGCAAAUUUAAAGGUGCAAAGAUGAUUUUUUUGCAGCAUUUAGAGUGACUGAACUCUGCUUCCAUUGAGCAUUCUGUAAAACAACCUGUUCUUAAAGAUUUUUUUAAAGAAUAUUUUGGAACCAUCCCAAAUAGGAAAUGGCCAGCAGUGAAAAGCCACCUGGAGCAUCUUGGCUGUUUUUACACUAGUGUUUCUUUUCAAAAAUGGUUCUGCAAACCCAGUGAUGGUUCAGUGUUCUGAUUUCCUGUUGCAUAUGCCUGGUUUUAACUUAUUAAGCACCUGUUGUGGUUAAUGCUGCUUGUGACAUUUCUAGGUAAAAUAAAGCAAUUCGAUCCCGAACGUUAAGGUGACAGGAUCAUAAACCCGUGUCUGACUAUGUUAUGAUAGCAAUGGGUGAAACCACAUUCUACAAGAUUUACCUUCCGCACAGAGAGAAAAGUGCCAAAACUUGGUGUAAUGCUGAUCGGAUGGGGUGGUAACAAUGGAACAACCGUUACUGCAGCAGUCCUGGCCAACAAAUUGGGACUUUCCUGGAUGACCAAAACGGGAGAGAAGGUUGCUAAUUACUAUGGAUCCUUGUUUCAAGCCUCCACUGUGUGCCUCGGGACAGGUUCUGCUGGUGAUGUUUAUGUGCCCUUCAAGGAUCUACUGCCCACGGUUGAUCCAAAUGACAUUGUGUUUGAUGGCUGGGAUAUCUCCUCCAUGAAUCUCUCUGAUGCCAUGGUACGAGCUCAGGUCCUUGAUUGGCCACUUCAAGAGCAGCUGAAGCCUCAUAUGAAGAAGUUGCACCCUCGGCCUUCUGUUUACAUUCCAGAAUUCAUUGCAGCUAAUCAGGAGGACCGAGCGGAUAAUGUAAUACAAGGUUCCAGAAAGGAACAGGUUGAGCAAAUUAGAAAGGACAUCCGGGACUUCAAAGCAAAGAGUGGAGUUGACAAAGUAAUUGUUUUGUGGACAGCAAAUACUGAGCGUUUUUGUGAUGUCAUACCUGGUGUAAAUGACACAGCAGAAAAUCUCAUGAAAACAAUUGAGUUUGACAUGGAGAUAUCACCAUCAUCUAUGUUUGCUGUGGCUAGCAUUUUGGAAGGCUGUGCCUACAUCAAUGGAUCUCCACAGAACACCUUUGUGCCAGGAGUAGUUGAUCUUGCUAUUAAACGUAAAGUGUUUAUUGGUGGCGAUGACUUCAAAUCUGGACAGACGAAGAUGAAAUCUGUGCUAGUAGAUUUCUUAGUCAGUGCUGGUCUGAAGACUGUCUCAAUUGUCAGUUAUAAUCACUUGGGCAACAACGAUGGAAAGAAUCUGUCUGCACCAGAGCAGUUCCGAUCAAAAGAGAUCUCAAAGAGUAAUGUAGUGGAUGACAUGGUUCAAUCUAAUCCCAUUUUAUACAAACAAUCUGAGAAACCAGAUCACUGUGUUGUAAUUAAGUAUGUUCCAUAUGUUGGAGAUAGUAAGCGUGCUAUGGAUGAAUAUACGUCAGAAAUUAUGAUGGGUGGCACUAAUACCAUUGUCCUACACAACACCUGUGAGGAUUCCUUGCUGGCUAGUCCUCUUAUUCUGGACCUUGUGAUCCUGACUGAGCUGUGCCAAAGGAUAACAUUCAAAGCAGAAUUGGAUCUAGAAUUCCAAACAUUCCAUAGUGUCCUCUCCAUCCUCAGCUACCUCUGCAAAGCUCCAUUGGUUCCAGAUGGAAGUCCAAUUGUCAACUCUCUUUUCAGACAAAGGACUUGCAUUGAAAAUAUUCUGAGGGCUUGUUUGGCUCUUCCUCCUCAAAACCAUAUGUUACUGGAACACAAGAUGCAAAGGAGCUUUAUGACUGACGGCUAUGUAGCUCAACCUAUACCUUGCAUAAAUGAGAAACUCAACAAUACCCCAUGCAAGAACCAUAUUUUAAAUGGUCACACCAAUGGAUAUAUUCACUAAAUUUUCAAACUUUUUUAUUAUUGGUAGAUGAUGUUGUAGUAAUAUAGUUGAAACUCAGGGUUACUUGUUGGAUUUUGAUCUCCCUAGAUUUCUGGAUAUGAAUAUUCUUGUUUAUUCUGCCAGACACUAUGUUGAAAGUUUGUUGCACUUCACCUGUUUUAUUGUCUAAUAGCAAUGCUGGUGAUGACUUAUCAACUGUUGCAAAGCUACAUAUUAAACUGUCCAGAAUGUUUUAAGUACUUCUUGUUUUGCAAGUAUUGACAACCUUGUUAGUGAGAAGUGAGCAACUUGCUCCCUACUUAGAGCAUUGAGCAGUAACUGGAUGUUGGAACUUGAAAAUAAAACCUUUGGUCUUCAUCAUCAAA